AUGGCAACUAAUAUUACCUGGCACCCAAACUUGAGCCACAGUGAAAGAAGUGAUUUAUUGAAGCAAAAAGGGUUAACUAUUUGGUUAACUGGAUUAAGUGCUUCAGGUAAAUCAACUAUCGCUUGUGCUUUAGAACAAUUCUUAUUAAAUAAGCAAAUCAAUUCUUAUAGAUUAGAUGGUGACAAUGUUAGAUUUGGAUUAAACAAAGAUUUAGGAUUCAGUGAAGCCGAUAGAAAUGAAAACAUUAGAAGAAUUUCUGAAGUAAGUAAAUUAUUCAAUGAUUCAUGUUGUAUUGCUAUAACUUCUUUCAUUAGUCCUUAUAAACAAGAUAGACAAUUAGCUAGAGAAUUACAUGAAAAAGAUAACUUACCAUUCAUUGAAGUUUACAUUGAUGUCCCUAUUGAAGUUGCUGAAAAGAGAGAUCCAAAAGGUUUAUAUAAAAAGGCCAGAGAAGGUAUUAUCAAGGAAUUUACCGGAAUUUCUGCUCCAUAUGAAGCUCCAGAAAAUGCUGAAAUUCAUAUCGUUAAUGAUGACAUAACUGUUGAACAAGCUGCUCAACAAAUUAUUGAUUACUUGGUCGAAAAGAAAUUUAUUUAG